ACUCGUUCAGCGUGCUAAACGCGAAAAGUUAUUGCAGACCAGAGCACGCAGUGAUCUUCAGGCGUGUGUUGAAGCUAUAGUAAAGUUUUUCGAAUAUAUAUAACAUUUUCGCCAUGCAGUACAGACAUUUCACAUGGCGAACAGUACUAAUUGUGGCUAUCUUGCCGCUGAUCUGCUUGGCAAGUGAUUCGGACGAUCGGUGGCACACAUAUCGGGCCUCGCCUAGGCUGACCGGACCCGUUAAGCUCCUGCACGAUCCGCAGGAUGCGACGCUGAAUUCCUUGGAUGAGGCACUGCAGAAGAUCUCAACGAUCUACAUGCAUGCCCUGGUCGCUGGCACACACACACCCGAAUUGGAGGCGCCUCUGCGAGCCCUCGAAAUGGAACUGUUCGAUCUGCUCGAUCAGCUGUACAAGCAGCAUCGCCUCAAGGACUACAUGCAGUACGAGGCGGAAGUGACGCGACAAAUGAUUAUCUACAACAUGCUCAAGCGAUUGUUCGGCUAUACCCAGGACAAUAGGGGAGCUGAAGGCCGCUGAGCAAUAGAAAGAAGGGGAGAGGGGAUAUGAAAGUGAUUGAAUAAAGUUGCCAGCUAUAAAAUGAUUAACAUUCCCAUUAGCCGUUUUCCCUUUCGGAUGUGUUCCCGAGCCCAAAAUGUAUAUCAUAUCAGCAUCAAAAUAAUUACAAAGAAUAUAAAAGUAUCAAUGGAAUGAACAACA